UGUUACAGGAUUGCUCAGAAGCAGUGUUGUGUCUCCUACUUGAAAGAAAACAGCUGUGUUGCUGGGAUGGUUGGUGCCAAGGAAGGUGAAGCCUGUGGCCCGGAGGAGAAUGACACCUGUGGAAUCUCCUUGUACAAGCAAUGCUGUGACUGCUGUGCCCUGGGCCUGAGAGUCAAGAAUGAGGGGCAGAUGUGUGAGUCCAACCCAAAUCUGGGUUAUCCCUGCAACCAUGUGAUGCUGUCUUGCUGUGAAGGAGAGGACCAUCUCAUUGUGCCUGAGGUCCGGAAGCCCCCCGAGCCUUUGCCCACAGUGACACCAGAGAAAGUUUCAGAGAGAGAGAACCUCCAUGAAGCCCUGUCCAUCAGCCAGGAGUCUGAGCUGUCUAACAGCCUGCCUGGGGAUGACCGAGAUGAGUGCCUCCUGUACCCUGGUGAGCUGUGCCAGCACCUGUGCAUCAACACGGUGGGCUCCUAUAAGUGUGCCUGUUUCCCUAGAUUCACCCUGCAAGAGGAUGGCCUCAGUUGCCUUCCAGAUAGUGAAGUGAUGAAGCCAAGCACUCGAGGAGAAGGGCCCCUUGCACCUGAAGCCCCCCACAGCCAACCUGAAGUCAUACGUCUACCCCAACCAGUUCCAAACACCUGCAAAGACAAUGGACCUUGUAAACAAGUGUGCAACGUCAUAGAGAACAGAGCCAUGUGCUCUUGUUUCCCUGGCUAUGCUAUCAUGGCUGAUGGAGUCUCCUGUGAAGACAUGGACGAGUGCCUCAGAGGUGCUCACGAUUGUACCCGAAGACAGUUUUGUGUGAAUACGUUGGGAUCAUUCUAUUGUGUCAACCACACAGUGAUCUGUGCCGAGGGCUUUAUCCUCAACAUGCAUAGGAAGUGCGUGGAUAUUAAUGAGUGUGUGACAGACACACACACAUGCAGCCGAGGAGAGCAUUGUGUGAACACAGUGGGCUCCUUCCACUGCUACAAAGAUCUCAACUGUGAGUCGGGAUAUGAGUUGAAAGAAGGAGAGUGUGUAGACAUUGAUGAGUGUGCCCAGGGGAUCCAUAGCUGUAAAGUCAACUUUGUGUGUCAGAACACCCAGGGUUCUUUCUACUGUGAAUCCAAGCAGCGCUGCAUGGAUGGAUUUCUACAAGACCCAGAGGGCAACUGUGUGGAUAUUAAUGAAUGCACUUCUCUUCCUGAGCCAUGCAAACCUGGAUUUAAUUGCAUCAACACUGUUGGGUCCUACACUUGUCAGAGGAACCAGCUUCUAUGUACCCGGGGAUACCAUUCUAGCGAGGAUGGGUCCAAGUGUGUGGAUGUUGAUGAGUGUGAGACAGGUGUUCACCGCUGCGGUGAGGGACAGGUGUGCCACAAUCUUCCUGGGACUUAUCGCUGUGACUGCAAGAUGGGCUAUCAAUAUGAUGCUUUCAGCAGAGCCUGUGUUGAUGUAAACGAGUGUUGGAGCUAUCCAGGACGCCUGUGUCAGCAUGCCUGUGAAAAUACCCCUGGUUCCUACCGCUGCUCCUGUUCCUCUGGCUUCCAGCUGGCCUUCGAUGGGAAGCACUGUGAAGAUGUGAAUGAGUGUGAGAACAACCCUUGCAGCCAGGAAUGUGCUAACGUCUAUGGCUCCUACCAGUGCUACUGCCGGCAAGGCUACCAGCUCGCAGAGGAUGGGCAUGCAUGCAAAGACAUUGAUGAGUGCACCCAAAGUGCUGGCAUCCUCUGUACCUUCCGUUGUGUCAAUGUCCCUGGCAGUUACCAAUGUGCCUGCCCUGAGCAGGGCUAUACCAUGAUGGCCAAUGGCCGGACCUGCAGAGACCUGGAUGAAUGCACUCUGGGCACUCACAACUGCUCGGCGGCUGAAUCUUGUUACAAUAUCCAGGGUGGUUUCCGGUGCCUGCUGUUUGAGUGUCCACCGAACUACAGAAAAGUCUCUGACAUGAGAUGCGAACGAACCAGCUGCUUCAAUUUCUUGGACUGCCAGAGCACCCCAGUUCGGAUCACUUACUACCAGCUCAACUUCCAGACCAACAUUGUGGUGCCGGCUCACAUCUUCCGCAUCGGGCCCUCCCCAGCCUAUACUGGCGACAACAUCAUCCUGACCAUAACGAAGGGAAAUGAAGAAAAUUACUUCAGUGCCCAGAAGCUAAACCCCUACACAGGUGUCGUCUACAUCCAGAGGCCAGUCAAGGAACCGCAAGACUUCCUUCUAGAUGUUGAAAUGAAACUCUGGCGCCAGGGAACCUACACCACCUUCCUGGCUAAAAUCUACAUCUUCAUCACAGCCCAUGCCUUCUGAGGCAGGCAGGGGUGGACACUGGGACUGGCCAUGCUCUGCUCUUUAAUCUUUCUACCAAAGCCUAUUUAGUCCUGGGGAAGUGGCUUUCACUGUAUCUGGCACCUCUAUUAUUUUUCUAUUGUUGCUUGAAACAGUAUUAUUAUUGUUAUUAUUAUUUUGUAAAUUAACUUAAUUUUUACUGACUUGUUUCUUCUCUAGUUUGUUGAGUUUUCCCCUUGAAGUUGUGCUAGAGGAAAAAUAUACAUGAAUUUCUGGUCUUCAGUGACGUCUUUAGUAGAGAAAGUUAAAGAACGAAAACUGGUAGCUAAGUGCAUCGUUGUAUUGAUAAACUGGACUGUGUCCAAAAGAGGGACCCAAGGAUCAGAAGGAGACAAUGAACCAUUUUGUAUGAGGGAUAAUCGAACGAUCUGGAGAUGUUUAACCUAGAAGGAGAAGGCUUGGGCUUUUUUUCUUCAUAAGGGUUACCAUGUGGGAAAGGGAGCAGUUAUUCUUUACCCUCCAGUAGGGAAACUAAGACCAUUGGGUGGAAAUUCCAGGAUAGUGGCUUUUAGCUCCACCUGAGAGAAAACUUCCUAAUGGCUGGUGUCCAAAAAUAAAUGAACUAUCUGAUGAGGCAGUGGGUUCUCUGACACUGUAAGUGUUUAAAGAGUUGGGAAAUAGAUCAUUUGUUGUGAAUGUUGUAGUGAGAGUUUGUGGCUUUACAAGGGAGUUGGCCUAGUCAACUUUGAAUUUCCUUCCUAUAAUUCCAUAUCCAGAGUAGGAGACAAAAAUGAAUUUUGAUACUGCUUAUAGUAUAGUUUUCUCUUCAAAUGCUGGACCUUAAUGCUUGAGGACAUAAGGAUCCCAAGUCAGCUCCUACUAGGACUUUCACUGAAAUGUAUCACCUUGGGUCCAUCACCCUGACAGGAAGAUCAGCCCAGUCCGAGAAGAACAGCAUGCCCGAUUGUACUGUCCUUCCCAGGCAGCAUGGUUCUGUCACCAUUUAUGAGAGAAGGAAGUGGACAUCAUCUCCAGCAAAGCUCUGUAAGAUAAAGGGGAAAGGAGAAGAAAAAAGAGAGAUAAGGAUGAUCAUGUGUUAGAAAAUGCAGUAGCAACUAGGGGAUAGUUUGCCCUCAAACAGGAUCAUUAAAAAAUAUUUAUAAGGUUGAUGGAUAUGUAACAUGCUUUUUUUUAGACAUACCUUUGUAUAGAUCACUAUAUAUGCAAGUAUAUGUUCCUAUAUAUGCGUAGAAGAUUAGAUUUCUUUUCCACGGCUCCAGGGGAUAGAGCUAAGACCACUAGAUGGAAGUCAGAGGGAAACAGAUAACAUCUCAAUAUAACAAUGUGAAACAACAAGUUCAAUCCAAUUCAACAUUAAGUGAACAUUCUGUGUAAAGUUAUAGGUAAUAGACCUGGGGCUGGAAGUGACUUUAGAGACCGUCUAGGUCCCCCUCAGAUGUCCCAUUUGACAGAGGAGGGGCUAAGGUCCAGGAGAGACAGGCAACAUGACCCGGAAUAGAUGAAGUCAGAAAGACCCAGGCUCCCAUCCUGCCUCUGAUGGGGGAGUCACAGCCUCUCAGUGCCCCCAGACAACUCUCUGGGUUUGAGGCAAGUUGUCAUUUACUGACCUGCUUCCAUCAGUCAAUGAAUAAACGUUUAUU